UUCUGUGAGCUAAUUACUUCGUAGGUUACUCUGACCGGCGGUGCUCCUUGUGCUUUCUCCCUGUUUUUCUCUGCUUUCAUUCCAAAGUGAUUUUCAGAUCAGUUCCAUGAUGUGGCCUUCUCAAACGUGGCAAAAGUUGAGUGAGACUAAUUGGUCAAACUUGACCCUUCAUCUUGAGACGUCCCUUACCAACGCACUGAGUCACUUCCUGGAUAACUGGAGGCGCAAUGUGACUGCUGCAGGCAACGCUCUGGACAAGACUCUGGCUGAGGAGAACUUCAGGGACGUGAUCUGGUAUCUCGCCGUGAUGAUCGGCAUGUUUGCCUUCAUUAUUGUGGCCAUGCUGGUGAGCACAGUCAAAUCUAAAAGGAGGGAGCACUCUAACGACCCCUACCACCAAUACAUCAAGGACGACUGGACUGCUCAAAAACAGCAGGGCGAUGUCAUAGCUAAUUUUGAGGCUAGAUAAUGAGGGCAAAAUGAGGUCACAGCAAAUCUCUGCUGUGAAGACCAACAGAAAGUCAUAUAAAAAAGAGCCAUCAUUAAUCAGCUACCAUUACUAAUGAGCACAACAGCAGAUUUUGUGGUUAUUUCCUGAUAUCCUACUGCUAACCUGUUAGAUGAAAUUCUGAAAGACUGCUUAUAUGUAGAUGUAUAACAAUGCAAUACUGGAAAUGUAUUAGGGAAAAAAAAUGUAGAUUAUGACAUGUUGCGCUUUGAAGCAUAUAAAGAUUUUGCAGUUUGA